AUGAGCGAAGCCCCGGGUAGGGGGAAAUCGAGAAGAGCAGGGUCCGCAGGGGAAUUGGAGCUGUCGGAUUCCGACAGCCCAGUGGGGAAAGCGGCGGGAAAAAGAAGAGGGAGGAAACGAAACCACGUGGAAGCAGAACGGCAGAGGAGGGAGAAACUAAACAAGCGAUUCUACGCGCUCCGGUCGGUAGUGCCGAACGUGAUGGACAAGACGUCGUUGCUGUGGGACGCGGUGUGGUACAUAAACGCACUAAAGGGGAAGGUGGAGGAGAUGGAGUUGGAGUUGGAGGUGAGGAAGUUGAAGAAAGGGGGAGAGGAGGGGGUGGAGAAACAGAGCACCACGACGUCGGAGGAGGAGGAGGAACAGGGGAAGGGCAGCACUCUGUUCGACGUGGAGGUAAAAAGGAUGGGAGGAGGGGACGCAAUGGUGCGAGUUGAGUCCCAUAAUCAAAACUGCCCUUCCGCCACAUUGAUGGGAGCAUUAAGAGAUCUGGAAGUUCACAUUCACCACGCCAACAUCACCAAUGUAAACGAUUUGAUGCUCCAACAUGUUUUGAUUAAGCUUCCCCAUGCCUUCUCCACCGAUGAAGCCUUCAAAGCAUCUCUUUUAUCUAAAUUACACUAA